UUCCCUCAGUUAGGUAACAGCUUCCCAGGUCAUUUUGUACACGCGAACGGCAGCAGGUCUUACUGCAGAUGAAAUUUGUCUUUCUUCACAGUCAGCGGUUUAGAGCCCAAAGUUAAAACACACAUUGUUCAUCUUUUUAGUGGCGAUUUUUAAUCCACGUAAAAUGGUGUUUUACUUCACAAGCGCCGUGGUGGGCCCUUCUUUCACGAUCUACAUGGGAAAAGACAAAUAUGAAAAUGAGGAUCUUAUCAAGUAUGGAUGGCCCGAAGAUAUCUGGUUUCACGUGGACAAACUGUCCUCAGCUCAUGUAUAUCUGAGAAUGCCAAAGGGUCAAACCAUUGAUGAUAUCCCACCAGAGGUGCUGAUAGACUGCGCACAACUGGUGAAAAACAACAGCAUCCAAGGCUGUAAGAUGAACAACAUCAAUGUGGUUUACACAGCGUGGGCCAACCUGAAGAAAACAGGAGACAUGGAUGUUGGACAGAUCGGCUUUUAUCGACAGAAAGAGGUAAAGAUCGUGGCAGUGGAGAAGAAGAUCAACGAGAUAAUAAACCGUCUGGAGAAAACAAAAGUGGAACGGUUCCCUGAUCUGGCAGCAGAGAAGGAAUCGAGAGAUCGGGAGGAGAGGAACGAGAAGAAAGCUCAGCUGCAGGAGCAGAAGAGGAGAGAGAAGGAGGAGCAGAAAAGGAAAAAAGAGCAGGAGGAGCUCAGGUAG